ACAGAGUGGACACUCCUGUCAUUCUGUCAUUGCAAUCUCUGCUUCUUCUUCUUGUUAUUAUUAUUAUUUCACAUUGAAUUUCCCGAUUGUGAGAAAAUAAAAGUUAUGUUAAAAAGUUAUAUUUAUUAUUAGCACAAUUUUCAGAUUGUCUUUAUAGUUAUUUCGUGACUGCUUAUUGUUGCACCCGACACUAUGAUUAUUCUCACCGUUGUUGCUGUGUAGUUGAUGGCACCACAGUGACUUUGGUCAAUUGCUAAUGGUGUUACUUUCAUCACCAGUGGACAACAACGUUCCAAUGACAUUGAAGCAGCUGUGUUUUCCUGGGCCCAGUCGGACUGCUCUCCACACGCUUCAGGUCACACUCGUGACAGAUUGGGAGGAACGAGGGAGGAGAGGGGAGGAGGUGAAGGCACACUGCCUCAGCGGUGCAGACGAGGAGCCCUGACUUGUUUCCCUCGACAUCCUGGAUUUGGUUUGGUUUGACAUGGACUGACAGCUGGAUCUUCUGUCGGAGUACAAGCACCUCAUCGUCAUGAUCGACUGUGAGCAUCCCUCCUCUCCAUUAGCCUUCAGGCACGGAGGGAGGGGUGUGUUUGUUGCUGAGAUCCCAGCCCACACUCACACACAAACGCUGACAACCAUGCCUCAAAGAUACUCUCGCCAGAGGAGGAGAGCCAGCACGGCUGCAGCGCGCAGGAUGGAGAGGAGGCGUCGGGAGCAGGGCAGGAACAACAACCAGAACACGGGCCACAAGCCCUGCUCCAAGACGCUGGUCAUGCUCUCCAGGUCUUUGAUCCUGUGUCACUCCAAGACCACCGAUGACGCCCCCAGAAUUGUGUCCAAGGACGAGGGGGGAUGGCCCUCGACCGAGGGAGGCAAAGAGAAGUGGAGCGCUGGGAGCUCAUGGCCACAGUCAAAAGGAGGCGGGGAGACCGAGCGACGCUCAGGCCAGAUGAGCGAGAACAAGCGCAGCCUGAGGAGAACUUUCAGCAUCAAGGAGAGCAGUAUAUGGAGGAUGUGUGUCGCCACUGGCACAGCUGAGGAGCUCCACGAAUCACAAAUGCCUGAUAACUGUGUCCAGACGGAUGACACGGCCAGGGAGCUGCACCAGAGCAGAGGAGACCCACACAGAUUUCCCCUCAGAGGCUGCAGCCUGGUCAGUCCAGACAAACUGGCACCUUUUAACGGAGAGUGUCUGAGCAACCCCGGCUGGCUGGAGGGGGAGGGCCGGAGUGCCGUUCACAUGAAGGACUACAGCGAGCAUUUUUCAUCAUGUGACCAUGCGCCUCAUCCAUAUAAUCCGACUGGAAGCCUGCAGCAUCUUGCUUUCCCAUCUGAUCAUCUCUCAGUGCCUGGCUACACAGAUGAAGACGUUACAGUCAACAACAACCACCUGAAGCUGCCCAUACCGGAGGUGAACGAGGAGAGAAGCUGGGAGUUUGACAGAUGUGAGCAGAGCCCACCGGGACAGGUGGCUGACAGUGUUCACCCUUACUGGAUAGGGGAUCUGGAAAGCAUCAUCAUGAAGAGCCCUGAGCUGUACCCGACUCAGGCUAACGGCGGCUUCUGCGGAAACAGGAAGUCACUGUCCCAGCAGCUGGAUUUUUCUCACAGCCCAGCCCAGCACAAGCUGUAUUUCCAGACGGUCAGGACGCCGUCACGCUCCCUCAGCUCGGCCCAGCUCCUUCACUCCGGCAGCAACGUCCAGGCCUUCAUCAUCUGCAACAUAGUGUUGAUGAAGGGUCACGGGAAGGGUCUGGGCUUCAGCAUAGUCGGCGGAAGAGACAGCAUCUACGGACCAAUGGGGAUCUACGUGAAGACCAUCUUUCCUGGAGGGGCAGCAGCCGCAGAUGGGAGGCUGCAAGAGGGAGAUGAGAUACUGGAGCUGAAUGGCUUGUCUCUCCAUGGUCUGAGCCAUGAUGAUGCACUGCUCAAGUUCAAACAAAUCCGAAAGGGCCUGUUGACCCUGGUGGUGCGAACCAGCCUUCGCGGGGCCUCCCUGAGCGGGCAGUCUGCUGUGGCUCAGCUGUGCCGCUCUCGCUCCCUCAGCUCCACCGCAGGCAUGGCGUCUCUCGGUGCCCCUGAUGUUGGGACCUACAGCUGCCUAGCGAGCUGCGACAAUGCAGGGGUCCCAGGUCAAGAGGCCAAACCUCAGGAUCGCAUCAUGAUGGAGCUCGUCCUGCAGAAGGGUCCGCAGCUGCACAUCCUCAAACCUUCACUCACGUUCACUAUGUUAAAUCAGAGCCUGUGUUUCCUGUUAGAGGCCAGCGUGGGUCUUGGGAUAGGACUCUGCUGUGUUCCUACUGCUGAUGGCUACCCUGGGAUCUUCAUCCACACCCUCUCGCCGGGAUCUGUGGCUCACAUGGAUGGAAGACUUCGCUGUGGAGACGAGAUCAUGGAGAUCAACAACACUGUGGUCUACAACAUGGCCCUGAACGACGUCUACACUGUUCUGAGCCAGUGCUGCCCAGGCCCAGUCCAGAUCAUUGUCAGCCGGCACCCGGACCCAAAAGUCUCGGAGCUGCAGCUGAACGAUGCCAUUGCUCAGGCGGUGGAGAGCAGUCGGCUUCGGAAGGAGAAGAGCCAGUGGAGCAUCGAUGAUCCUCAGGGCCGCGCCAGAGGGGACCUGUGUCUGGAGAGGAGUUUGAGCCAGGUCACAGUCAGAAGGGCUCAGAAGUCCAUGACCCGCUCGUGCAGCGACAACAGCAACACGCGACACCACGGCCCCCACAGCCACUACAAGCAUCGCUUCCUCACCGCCCACAGUCUGGGGACACCCAAGUCUCUUUCAGACGGUUUAUCGGACAACAGACUGUCAGCGCCACCUGUGUAUCCUGAAGAUGAUUACAACCUUCCCUACCUCUGUCCAGCCACCAGUUUGUCCAGCCAGCAGAAUUCAACUUUCAGAUCGAAUAAAUGCCACUCGGCCAGGACGUGCAGCUCACCGCGCCGCCACCGCUGGCCUCAGGACGAUGCGACCGGUGAGGAAGGCUACGCUGGAGACUCCAGUGGCUCCAGUCGAGGCUCUCCAGUGGAAGUCAAGGGAGCGGAGCUUGCAACCCACUCCAACUGCUUGUUCUUCAGCAACCUGUACAAAGCUUUGAGAAACAUCCUGAGGUUGCUCCUGAGGAACGAAGAAGAGCGACUAGGAGAGUCUGAGAAGAACAGAGGAGAGUUUAUCACUGUUUGCCUGAAGGAAAAGUCCACUACAGCAGGAGGGUCUUCAUCUCACCCCAGAAGAGCUCCUCUGAGGAGGCAGGACUGCGUCGAGCAGCACAUCCAAGAACAGCUGGAGGACCCCUGGGUCCGUCAUUCAGACACCUUUCCGGAGGCUCCCCACUCACCCAGCAUGAAUGAUGAACAGAAACCUGCGGAGGCGAGCUGCGUCUCGCACGAUGUGGCCUCAGAGUCUAAGCACAACUCCGGAGCUGAAAACCCCCUGCCGACAAAAGUCGCCCCCCCAGUGGCUCCAAAACCGGCCUGGUUCCGCCAGAGUCUCAGGAAGAUUCAGCAGGACCAGAACCACAGGAGGGUGCCCUCUGAGUUCAGGUCGGGCUACAGCAGGAACUCUCCCUCCUCCAGCCUGUCUUUCAAACAGAAGAUCCACUCUUUUGAGACCUUUUCCAGCCCUGAGGCUCCUGAUGCAGUGGCAUCCAAAAGGCGUCCAGUGGUGUCCUCUGCCUCGCUGCCUCUCAUGGAGAAAGAGCCCAGGCGUCCAGCAGCCGUCACGCUGGACCAUGAAAACAGUGAUACUCCCAGAACAGUGCAGCCGACCACUGGUGUUCCUCCCGCUGUCCCACAUGAAGACUCCGGCCCCGAAGACCUUCCAGCGUCUGAAACUGAACCGUCACUCGCCCCUGCCUCUGCUGACCCCUCGGUCAGUGACUCGCUGAACACCCUGGACGGAGAGUCUAAACCAGAGGACCUCCUCCAGACGGUGUCUGAAGCAUCCAUCGGCUCAGCUGCAGGGGGCGCUCCACCCGAGGAGGCGGAGGGAGACAGGCCACAGGGACCCACAGCAGUGAGGAGCUCAGCCCCCGCGGCCCCCACUGAGCCCUCGCUGGACAUGAGGGAGGAAAGUUUGGGGAAGAUCCUUGUCUUCAGCAAUCAGGUGUCACAGGCAUUGAUGCGCGCUCUACCAGAGCACCCCCGUAACCAUGGACACCCACAGGAGCCCAAACAUUUGGGCCCUGCCUUCAACUGUUCUGACACGGGCUUCUCUGUGAGCUUAGCCACCCUGAGGGAGUGUACCAUCGAGCGAGGGGAGGAGGGCUCGCUCCCACCCCAGCCAGGGGCCCCUUCGGCCUGUGCACAGUCGGUCAUCUCUGCCAUCCCAUCACAGGAAGUGGCACGGAUGAUCCAGGAAGUCAGAGCGCUGGAUGAAGAGACGCUCAACCAGCUGCUCGAUGUCCAUGUGGUUAUUCUGCACAAAGAAGAAGGAGCAGGUCUGGGCUUCAGUCUCGCUGGAGGGUCCGACCUGGAGAACAAAGCUCUGACAGUGCACCGGGUGUUUCCCAGCGGCCUCGCCACUCAGGAGGGCACCAUCCAGAAAGGAGACGUGGUCUUGUCCAUAAACGGUCAAACCCUGCGGGGAGUCACCCAUGCAGAUGCCACUGCGGUGCUGCGCCAGGCCCGCGAGCUGAAGCUGGCUGUGGUGGUGGUCUGCAAGAGACCGGCGGAGGAGGCUGUCGGGGAGGAGCCGCUCUCCACAGAGGACCAAUGGGCCGAGACCAGUGUGGUGGUGGAGAAGAGCGCUGGAGGAAUGGGCUUCACUCUGGAGGGAGGAAAAGGCUCCAUUCUUGGAGACAGGCCGUUGCUUGUGAAGAGGAUCUUCAAAGGGGGCGCCGCGGAGCAGAGCAGCCUUCAGUCUGGAGAUGAAGUGGUGAGAGUCCAGGACAACAGUGUGCAGGAAAUGACCCGCUUCGAGGCCUGGAACCUGAUCAAGGCUUUACCCGAGGGGCCGGUCGCCAUGGUGAUCCGACGGAGAGGUGCUGCUCAGAUGAACUGAAGGACACUAUUUAUAUUGUUUCUAUAAAGUGCUCUCUGAACCAGAGUGUUGGGUUUACACCAGAUGGUUAUUUGAACAAAGAUGUUUUCAAUAAAUAUU